AUGAAGUCUCUUACCUUGCUCACAGCCUCGGCGCUGCUGGGCGCUGCCUCUGCGGAGGUUCACAAGCUCAAGCUGAACAAGGUCCCCCUGGACGAGCAGCUGAACGCAGCCAACAUCGACCGACAUGUUCAGUCUCUCGGUCAGAAAUAUUUGGGCUAUCGUCCUGCAUCUUCCUACCAGGACACCUCCAUCAAGCCCGAAGGUGGUCACAAUGUCCUGGUUGACAACUUCUUGAACGCUCAGUACUUCUCCGAGAUCAGCCUGGGUACCCCUCCCCAGACCUUCAAGGUCGUCCUGGACACCGGUAGCUCCAACCUGUGGGUCCCCUCUUCGCAGUGCACCUCCAUUGCCUGCUUCCUUCACAGCAAGUAUGACUCGUCCUCGUCGAGCACCUACAAGAAGAACGGCACCGACUUCGCCAUUCGCUACGGAUCCGGUAGCCUGAGCGGUUUCGUUUCUCAGGACACUUUGAAGAUCGGUGACUUGGAGAUCAAGCACCAGGACUUCGCCGAGGCCACUGAGGAGCCUGGUCUGGCUUUUGCUUUUGGCCGCUUUGACGGUAUCUUGGGCUUGGGCUUCGACACCAUCUCUGUCGACAAGAUGGUCCCUCCCUUCUACAAUGCUCUGGACCAGGGUCUCCUGGAUGAGCCCGUCUUUGCCUUCUACCUGGGCGACACCAACAAGGAAGGUGAUGACUCUGUGGCCACCUUUGGUGGUGUUGAUAAGAGCCACUACACUGGCGAGAUGAUCAACAUCCCUCUUCGCCGCAAGGCGUACUGGGAGGUGGACUUUGAUGCCAUCACGCUUGGCCAUAACACCGCUGAGCUUGAGAACACGGGUGUCAUUCUGGACACCGGCACUUCGCUCAUCGCCCUCCCCUCUACAAUGGCGGAGCUCCUUAACAAGGAGAUCGGUGCCAAGAAGGGCUUCACUGGCCAGUACACCGUCGAGUGUGAGAAGCGUGACAGUCUGCCCGAUCUCACCUUCACUCUGGCUGGACACAACUUCACCAUUACUCCUUAUGAUUACAUCCUCGAGGUUCAGGGCUCCUGCAUCAGCAGCUUCAUGGGUAUGGACUUCCCCGAGCCCGUUGGCCCCCUGGCCAUCCUGGGUGACGCGUUCCUGCGCAAAUGGUACAGCGUGUACGACCAAGGAAAGGGUUCCGUUGGCCUGGCCAAGGCCAAGUCCUCGUAA